GCCGCGACAUCGCUUCCUGCUCGCCCCAACAUCUUUCAACUAACGCGCAACACGAACCCCAUGAGCCUCCGUUUCACCGAAUCUCCAAAUGCGCGCUCAAAAUCAAUCACAACUGCCGAUGGCAUCGACACCUUUGGUAUCUUGAAUCAGCACUCUACAGGAAACGCUGCCUACCAGGUUGGUAUCUCCGAAGACGUGGGCACACGACGCUAUAUGGAAGAUGCCCAUUCCUUUGUUGUUGACUAUGCUGGCGUGCGAGGGCAGGGAUUCUUCGCUAUUUUCGAUGGUCAUGCAGGAAAACACGCAGCGGAGUGGUGUGGCGCGCAUUUCCACGAGUACCUCCUCGAUGCACUCCGCACUUCUUCCAGUGCCACUAUUCCAGGACUCGUUGACAAACGCAUUUCUCGCCUCAGCGAAGAAUCCGAUGGUAAGAUCCACUCAGGAUGCACAGUCGUAACCGCCUUCCUUCGCAUUGAGGAUGCAGAUGGGCGGCAAUCCUUCCUCCCCACGCCUCCACUUUCUCCGCCCUCCCCUACCGAAAGCGGGAGUCGCAGUGGCAGCGAGUCUCCCACUGAACCCACAGAGGAUUCCAAGGAGAUGUGCAAAAAGGCAAAGAGCAAGUCCCCUGCUUCGGCUUCCCGUUUUGCAAGGGCGCUUAAAUCCCUGAGCGGCUCUUCGCCAACCUUAACCUCUUCCCCUACUGCACUCCCUGCCAUACGUAGCCCCACCCCUCCGGCUUCGACAGAAACCCACACGCUUCCGAUCAAUCCGCCACAAAGCUCGCGGCGCGUGCUUUAUACCGCCAACGCGGGUGACGCUCGUGGUGUACUCUGCCGUGCGGGCCGCGCAGUGCGCCUCACUUACGACCACAAGGGAAGCGAUAAGCAGGAGGCAAAACGUAUCACCGACGCUGGUGGAUUCGUCAUGAGCGGGCGCGUGAACGGCGUUUUAGCCGUCACGCGGAGUCUUGGAGAUAGUAGUAUGAAAGAAUAUGUCGUGGGCAGCCCGUACACGACCGAAACUGAGCUAGGAAGCGACGACGAGUUCGUGAUCCUCGCGUGUGAUGGGCUGUGGGAUAUCACGGGUGAUCAAGGGGCGAUCGACCUCGUGCGGCAUAUUUCGGAUGCACAAGCAGCCGCAGAGACGCUCGUGAAGCAUGCGCUUGAACGACAGACCAACGACAAUGUCACUGUCCUCGUAGUGAGGUUCAAAGCGCUCGGAUCCUCAGAGUUCGUAUGACUUGCUUGAAUGUAGAGGUGUCGAUUUUGCUGUUUUGCUGGAGAGGGUGUGUAGAGAGAGAUGUUGUUUUUGUCAUCUUGCUGUUGUAGUUGGUUUUUAUAGUCGCUUCAAAUGCACGAGCAUUCCGAGGCAUUCCGUUGGUACCAUGACUGCACCCGUACUCUACUAAUAUCCGUUGAAUGUAGAUUUGAUGUAUCGGAGAACACAAAUAUGAGAUA